GAGUUGAACGCCUGUGUUGUUUUGGGACUAUUAAGCUCCGUACGAUAUUGCUGUCAGCUGUUCUGUUAAAUUGCAUUAGACUAAGUACACUCACUAUAAUGCCAAGGAAUUUGCUGUAUUGACUCCGGAUGUGGAUGUUGCCUGCUCCCAUUUUAAUACUAUUAAUUCGGAACUGCCCUUGCCUGGGGCAGAAGCUGUAGGAGAUGAUCUGCUUUGUUCUUCCAAGGUUCGAGACAAGAAGCAGAAGCAGUAAUGAUGUCCAGAAUGCAGCGUUUCAUGCUCUUGAUAGCCGUACUAUUCUUACUGGUAAAGAAAUGGGCAUACUGCCAAACUGAAGUUCCCUGUGGUCAGCUGUCAGUGGAUAGAACAGUUCUUCGUGUUGGAUCAAACAUCACUGCAACAUGCUACUUCUGUGUGGAUAAUGCUUCUACAUCUGUUUCCUGGGAAUAUGGCCAUAACAGAAUUCCUGCAGAUAUGUAUUUUCAGAACUCCUCCUCCGUGAGCACAGUAUCAUUGGUUAAUUUGAAUCUAACUAGCAAAGAUGGACAAGUUCUCACAUGUAAAUCUGAAUCAGGAGAGAGUUACUCUAUCACCGUAAUCACUGGCUAUCCUCCAGAGAAACCCACAGAUUUGCAUUGCCUUUCGCAUGAUCUAACUAAAAUGAACUGCGGUUGGAAUGCUGGCUCAGAUUCAAACCUUGAAAUAGUUUAUGAGGUCUGCACUGGGUCUUCAUUGAAAAGUUGCAGCAAUCUUACAGAAAAUAUGACAGAGAUGGAUUUCGUGUUGUUUUCACCUCUGAAUGUGAAGAUAACUUCCAGAAAUGGGCUUGGAGAAGCAUCAGAAAAAUUCUUGCUCUCAGAGAAAGAUAUCUGGAUUCAGGCUUUUGUACCAGAGAUAUCUCGGCUAAUUCCUGAUUAUUUGUCCAGUACACUGUAUGCGGAGUAUAACAUCAUACGUCCUUAUGAUGAAAAAUUGAUGUGCCGUUUUGAAGUUCUGUUAACAGAAAAACUGGAAGUGAUCCAAGAAAGUUCUUUAACAUCAAACAUAUUUCCUACAAACUGGACGUGGAAUUCAUAUAUACCAUUAGAAUGUACUGCAUUCUCUGUCAGAGCUCGUUGUAAAUAUGAUGACCCAUUUUUAUCAAAAAAUAAAUCUUUAUGGAGUGACUGGAGUCUGAUUAAAGCUGUUCAAGGAAAAGAACCAUCAAAUGGGCCUUUAAUAUAUCCGUCUGAAAAAGUGGUGCAGGCUGGCUCUAAUAUGACAUUCUGCUGCAUACCUUUAAAAGGACAAACAGUGACUGAGUUUAAGUAUGGAGAUAAAAAUGAUCUUUUGCCUGUUGAUCUUGGCAGUGGUGUCAAGGGUCUUAUUGUCUACAACCUGAAUGUUUCAUCGCAAAGCGGAACAAAUGUGUACUGCAUUUUGAGUGAGAACGCUUUUGAUGGAGUUGUUGUUUUUGUGGGAUAUCCUCCUGAUAUUCCCCAAAAUCUCAGUUGUGAAACACGUGACAUGAAGAAUCUGAUCUGUACUUGGGAUCCAGGCCGAGUAACAGGACUUGUUGGGCAACGAAGAACUAAUUAUACACUUGAUGAAUGGUUAUCAAUGACAAAUAAGACAUGCAUUUUGGAAAGUAUACCCGAGUUAUAUAUCUGUGGCUUUACAAUGCGCAAAGGGCAGAGGAUCUAUAAUGUCACUUUGCAUGCAGAAAACCCUCUGGGAAGCUCAGUGUCAAAUCUUGUAUUUGAUGUGACUCAGAGAGUUUAUCCAAAUCCUCCAAGUGACCUCAUCCUGGAGAGUGUCCAGUCAACAAAUGUGUCAUUGAUGUGGAGUUUUAAAGCCAACUAUUUAUCUCUUGAACUUCUGUGCCAGAUUGAGGUCAAGGAGAUUGCUACAGAUUGUGAAAUGCGAAAUUAUUCAAUGAUGGGUGGACCAUCUGACUCUUCUCACAGCGUCAUAGUAGAUGGCCUAAAACCAGAUAGUAGUUAUACCUUCAGAAUUCGCUGCGCCACAUUUCCCAUCUGGAAAUGGAGUGAGUGGAGUGAACAGCGUGCUUGCAGAACAUUGGAAGCUCUCCCUUCAGUUGGGCCGGAUGUUUGGCUGCAGAUUAGUGGGAAUGGACUAAAUCGAACUGCGAUCAUCAUUUGGAGGUUUUUGUCCCAUGAUGAAGGAAAUGGAAAGAUACUUUCAUAUGAAAUACUGGCAGUCUCUGAAAACAAAGUCCAAGAACAUAAACAUAUUUCAGUUUCUGCAUCUGAAAAUAGCACACAUGUUCCCAUAGAUGAAAAUGAGUAUAUGAUCACUGUCACAGCAAAAAAUUCUGUGGGUACAUCUCCUGCCUCUUCAUUACGGAUUCCAUCAUCAUUGUCAUCAUCUAAUGGAGGUGAAGUAUUGACUUAUACAGCUGAUGGAACUGGCGAUGCAGUCCUUAUUGAGUGGCAUGAUAACUACAACGUGACUUGUGGCUAUGUGGUUGAAUGGUAUAAUUUUCCAGUGUCACAGCUUGACCUUCAAUGGCAAAAAUACCUAUCAAAUACCACUAGUGUUGUGAUUAAAUCAGACGUCUUCCAGCAGGGUGUAAGAUAUCGUUUUUCAGUGUAUGGUUGCCAAGAACAGGCAUAUCAGCUGCUGGAGAAGAAAAUUGGAUAUACAGUGGAGCUUGCUCCAAAAGUGCAACCAAAUGUUUCAGUAUAUGAAACAACAUCCAGCGUGGUACUUCUGAAAUGGGAUGAUAUUCCUGAGGAAGACUUGCAAGGAUUUCUGCAAGGUUAUAUGAUUUAUUUAUCAAAACAGGAGAACACCACAUCCAAGUCAGCCAGUGAGGAUACAGGGGGCAGUGAAGAAACAAAGAAAAGAAAUAUAACGGAUCCAACAUUAACAACCCUAAAAAUUGCUAAUCUUCAGAGUGGAACAAGUUACAAAGUUGGAGUAGCACCCUACACCCAUGGAGGAGAAGGGCCUCAGAAAAUCAACUAUUUUGUUACAAAAACCAGUGUUAUAGAAAUACUUCCAGCCAUUCUUGUUCCUGUUGCUGCUGCAGUGUGUUUGGGGUUAAUUACCAGUGUUGUUUGCUACCGCAAAAGAAGAUGGAUAAUGGAGACUUGUUAUCCCAAGAUCCCCAAUCCAGAACACAGCAAGGCUCUGAAUUUUGAUAAUGGUCCUUCUAUGGAUAGUUCAGUUAGUAAAACAAUGGAGAUGAAUCCUUGCACUCCCAACAGUGUAGAAGUUGUGGAAGCUGCCCCCUUACCACAAAAAGCGGAUGACACAGAUUUACUUCAGAUGGAAUCCAGUGAGGAGAUGAAUGAUCAGCUUCCAGAGGAUCGAUCUGAUUCAGAAACUGCAGACCAUGUGGUUGUGUCUUACUAUCCUCCAAUAAUUACUGUAGAACAUGACAUACCAGCUACUUCAUUGUAUGAGAAUGGAGUUACAGAACCUGUUACAAGUCAGGUGAUUUAUAUGGAGGUACCAAAUCCUGAACCACCAGAACCCGUAGAAAAUCCAGCUCAAAAUGAAGAUGAAAAUGCAAGUGUAGGCUACAGACCGCAGCUGCAGGUGCCUUCCAGUCUACCUUUCUCAGGUAGCCAGUUUUCACUGGAUGAUGCACUCAUACCCAGUGAUGGCUACCAGCCUCAACUGGAUUUGAAUGGUUGGAAUUUUGGAUCUGCAGAAUCACCAGGUUCCACUGGAAGUGGUUGCUCCACUGAAAAUGUGCUGGUUGGAAGUCCAUCUUCUAUGAACUCUAGACAAUAUUUAAUCUCAGAAGAAGACAGUAAAGACUCGUCCAAAUCAAUUAGCCUUGGGUGGUCAUUUCCUUCUCUGUUUCAUAAUAGACCAGAUGAUUAAUUGCCACACUGCACUACUAAACUCUGCCAACUGACUGCUUAUGCCAGUAUUUCCUUUUUAGGUGAUGAUAUUUGUUCAGCAUCUUGAAAUGCACUGUACAGAACAUUCAGCCUCAGACACAUACCAAAGCUAUUGUAAAACGGAGCCUACAACUACAAUUUGCACUGAUAACAUUAUUAUUAUAUAAUUUUACCGUUGCCAAUACAUACAGUAUCAUAAGUCACAUUUAUGUGAUAAUUAUGUUUUUGUAGUGCCAGAUACUUGUCUGUCUUUCCCAUUAGCUGUCGGUAAACACUACAAUACUGGAACUUUUGCAUUCUGAGCCCUUGCAUUUAUGUAAUGUGUUGUGAACAUGUUCCUUUUGGGGGGGUGUCUUUGUAUCUGUGUGUGUGUGUCUGAUGUAAUGUACUAGUGGCAUUAAUACUAUUGCCUGCUUUUUUCUUGGUUUCCUUAUUGAAUGCUUAUUGUUGAACUUCUUAAAGUAGCAUUGCGGUGUUUACAGUAAGUAAUAUGGGGUUAACAUAUUCUCUUUUGGUGAGAGUAAAGUUAUGAUAAAGCUUUGGAACUUUAGAUAUUGCUGAGGAAACACCAUCUGUGCAAUUCUUUGAAAUGGUAUCCCUAACAUUUACUACAGAACUAUAUUUCAUAAUGUAUUGCACACUACAUUUACAGCUUAGGUUUUAAUGUCACAAAUUUUAACAAUUUGAAUAUUACAUUUCGAAGUAGCAUCUAAAGAUGUCAAAAGGAUACUGUGAUAUUUGGAAAGUUUUAGUCCAGUGCGAAACAUGUUAUAUAGAUUGGUAUUGCUGUACGAGUUUGACACUGUGAUGUUUUUAGUAGAAGUGGAAGUUUAAUUUGAAAUUGCAUGUGUGCAUCUGAUAAAUGUAAACAUUUAGUAAGGCCAUGCCACUGAUCACCAGUGUACAUUUCAUGUUUGUGAGUAAUUUGUCUUAUUAAGGGAUCACAGACAAUAGAAAUAGAUAAAGCAUAUAAUGAGAAGCAACGCACACUCACACAAACACUAAAGUAUUGGAUUUUGGCACAACAUUGUUCCUAACAGUAAUCAGAGUGGCUUUAUGUAUGUACCACAUUGCACACAUGCAGAAACAUACUGAAGAGGGGUUUGGUUUACAUUAAUUUUUUACUAGCAUGUACAAGAGAUACACAGAUGUUCUUUUGCCAGAGAGGAGGCAGUGGCAGCUGAAGGCAGCACUACCAGGUCACAGCUGCUACAUGCUGAAUGACGAGAGAGCAUUUGUGAAUUGCACUGGAAUACAAGACAGAGUAACACACUGGUGUUUGUUUAGCAUUUUGUAACACAUGGCUAUGAACACAAGCAUGAAGCACUGUUAGAAGCUUUAGAUGUUGUUUUCCUUUUGCUUAAUGUCCACGUUGGAAUGUUAUGUUCAUUCAUGUGGUAUUUUGCUGCUUUUUAGCAGUAAGCAUUCCUGUGCAUUACACUUUAUUACUACAGUCAUCCUUUGCAGGGUGCUUUACAUGAAUGUUUCAUUGUUUCUGUUUCAGCACAUCUUGUCUGAAACUCUCAGAGCUGCUCUUUAAAAUAAUGUGUCAUUAUGAUAGACAGGCGAGCAUAUUAAGCCAGCUAUAUGCAGUGAAGAAAUAGUUGCUGUGAAAAGCUCACAGCUGUAUGGUAUCAGCAUUUUAUCUGCUGUUUAUAUCUUAACAUAGUUGAACAGCAUUCUGCAUUGGUAAAUUUAUUUUCACUGAAGUGUUCUUAAUUUGAAUCUGCCUCAUCACUUUAUGCACAAGGAUAGAAUAAUACACCGAAAAAAAAUGUGUUGUGGCUAUAAUGUAUGCAAAAAUUAAUUUAUCCAGUAAAUAUGAACAUUUACUUGUUUUGUAAACCAACAGUAAUUACAACAUGCGGGUUAUUUAUCUUGUCUUUGCAACUCAGCAGGAAUGCUACAUAUUACAAACUGCAUAAUGUUCAUGAGUGAGCCAUCAGCAGAAUGGGUUUAAGACAGGCAAACCUGGUGGGGGAAAAGGAGGACCUUUUCAUGCUCAGAGUAAGAUGAUCUUAGGAGAUAGUGGCCCACUGGUAGUGGCUCAUUUAUUUUAUAAAAUAGGAACUGUUGCAUCUUUAUAACUGAUUUAAUCUUUUGUAGCUGUUAACACUUUGUCUCAUUGCAUUGUAGUUUUGGAGUCUUUAGCAGGGCUGUAGAGUCAGUGGACAGUACUGGUAAUAUUUGUAAUAGAGAAUAAAGAUGUUUGGCUUUUUA